AUGACGCCUCCGACUUUGGCACCUUUAUACCUGAUGAAGGUGGGAGAAGCUACCUUAUGUUUGAAGAAUCACUUGGUUUUAUGUGGGAUCGCCAAACAGCUGCGACAUCAACUCUACAUGGCUGGUCUUUCUCUUGGGGAGGAUCACUAUGUGCGCGAAUUUGCGACACGUGAACAAGCAAGUGUUUUCAUUCAAAAUUCAUCAGCAAAGAAAUCGGUAUUUGUGGUCAUUGAUGAUAAUAUUGUCGUCAAUCGUCAUGCAGGAGCUGAGUACCCACAGCCAAAUAUACUCUACUUCACUGGAUCCUUCAUGGCAAAGGAUAUUGUCUUUGGAGUUGGACAACAAUUCAGGUCACGUUGCGAUGAGUUUGCCAAGCGUUUGAUCGAAGAAGAUAACUUAUUUGCGGUUGCUUCAAAAGAUAUUACUAUGCGAGGCGAGGGUCAUCCAGCUUGUACAUCCGUUCACUCUAAGACUUCAAAAAUCGAAUCAGGCAAUGCGUACGUCACUUCUUCAAAAACUGUGGUGUCAAAAGAGGAAAAGGGUUUUGAAUGUGCUGCCUGCUUGAAAGGAAAUCAGAUAUGUUUCUGCUUGAUGCCCAUCGUUCAACUUCUUGUGGAACAUCAUCCUCCUUGUGUCGAUCAUGAGCUUUUGCAACUUAUUGAAGAAUACGUGGACGACUUCAUUCCAUAUCAAGUGUUGAAGGCACAAAUGAGCGGAGAACAUCUAGAGGCAUCAAACGAAAGCGCGGAAGACGUCGAAUCGGCACAUUCGUCUCCAAAGGAACCGGAGCCAAUUGAAACAUCGCGAUUUAAUGCUUACACUGAAGAACCUCAACUUGAAAGACUCAAACUCGAAGAAUCGUUGAUCAAAAGUCUUGACAUCCAGAAUUUGGGCCACUUGAAGGAAGACAACAAGCAAUGUUAUGACAAAAUGCCCGAGCUUGACGAGUUUGAAGAUGAAGAAAUCACCUAUGAAAGGGACACUUCUUCGGAUCAAUCACCGGAUGAAAACACAUUGCCCUCGCUGACGUCUGAUCCCAACGAGCAAUUGUCUCCAGCAAGUGCUGAGACGCUGUCAAUUUCAUUCAUGAAUAUUGGUUCGCCCAGGGUCUUUUUCACUGAAUCAACAAAAAAGAACACUACUUCAAGUCCAUUGUCAAAAGCGGAAUCUCAUGGGUCGUCGAAGUCUUCUAACAAGAUCAGCAAAGCUUUGAUCCGAACUCCUAUGAUGGAAGAAGAAGGUGUUGAUUCAGUACCAUAUACAUCUCCACUCCAUCAGAUGCCAGUACCUCUACUUGGUACAAGUUAUCAAGAAAUUCUGAUGGAGAUCGAACACCACAACAUCACGAUGUCCCAACUUCGGGCCUCGUUUGCUGCAAACCUCAGCCGAGCUCAUGAAGUGAUUAGCCAGCAGAAACUACUUACGGAUCAGUUGUAUCGUGAUAUAACAACGGUGAAUGCAGCCAUCGAGAAUGAACUCAAAGCCUCUGAAGCACUUACUGCCGUUGUCCGCCCGAGUCUUAAUUGCUGGGUUGCGCUUCUUGUAUAUCAUAGCAAGCUUACAAAUCUGCUAUUGUUGGCUGCCCACUCAAGCUUAGAACUUCCCGUGACAAAUUUGGUAUUUCUUCGAGCUGCCACGAAGAAGAUCGUUGACCUAAAUCCAGGACAAACAGUGAAAGAAAAGUUAGCACUCGCAAUUGCCAUGCUGGGCGCAGCUCAUAAAAAACAUGAUCUUGGAGAACUAAUUCCUACUUUCUUCCGAGAUGCUCACAAAAUUUCUGUUUACAUAAUGGUAAUACGUCUCGAGCAAGUUCUUUCGCGUGUGCAAGCUGAUGCAAAAGCCAUCGACAUUUCGUUGCAAGACGCUUCACGAUUGGUGCAAACUGCUCAGGAAACUUUGAAAGCCUUGGAACAAAAUGUUGCAGAAAAAUACGCUGCAUUCUUCAAUGUUGUUUGCCAUAUAUUACAAGAACGAUGGGAAAAGAUUAGCGAACCCUUCCCCGAUUUCGCCUUCACAUCUGCUAUUGAACUU